AUGCAGCUCGUAAGAUCAUGUAAUUCCUUGUCACCUUCGCUAUCGAACAGUCAUUCUCUAUAUAAAGAAUUAAAUCCCUGUCAUGUAACAAUUUCUCUUUUUUUUGCUUUUCAUAUAGAUAUCGUCAUAGCAUCAAUAAAAAUCUUGAAUAUGAAUGUAAAUCAAUUAUUACACCCUAUAGGACCCCCAAGGUACUCAAAGGUAUCUCUCCCAUCAAUAUCAGAUAUACUCUAUGACUUGCCUCCACCAAUACCAGUUUAUCCUCCCCCAGAACUGAGAAACUACUACUUGGGAAGAAUAAGCCCUCCUCCAAUGCCUAACCAUUCUCAAGCUCAAGGCUUACCACACAUGACAUUGCCCCCACUUAGUAGAAAUAAUCUGCACUAUUCGAGUGUGAAUGUGAGAGAACACCACCAUUCACCUGCUACACAUCAUAUACCCAUGCGCACAUCCUCAUCUUCAUCAUCUGUAUCAUCAUCAUCGUCUUUAGACCACAGCCACUCGCAUCACAAUCACCACCAACACCUGCCUACAUCACCAAACGCGCAAAAGAGGAAAACAAGAAACAAUUUACCAAAAGAAACUACAUAUAUUUUACUUAAGUGGUUGAAUGAGCAUCUUAACCAUCCGUAUCCAAACUCUUUCGAGAAAAACCAGUUAAUGUUGCAAACUGGCUUGAAUCAGCAGCAACUUUCCAAUUGGUUCAUUAAUGCUAGAAGGAGAAAAAUAAAAGUCUUAAAGAGAAGCGAAAGUUCCGGUUGA